AUUAGAAAAAUUGAAUGAGACAGAUGAAUAUUUGAUAGAAUGGGAUAAGCUAGCAGAUGAGGAAUGGGAGCUUUGGCCUCGUGAGUUAUUGUGUGAGCAUUGGCGUCAUUUAAAAUACACUGUAAAUGGGUUUAGAGAGAAAGACUUUCAAGAAAUUCUUUAUGAAUUAUUAAAUAGGUAUAAUGAUAAUAUACCUGAAAAACCAAACCGACCAAAGUCAGCUCCAACUAUCAAUUCUGAAGAUGACACAAUUAGUGAUUUUGAUGAAAAUGUAGAUAACAAUUCAUUAGUUACAUCAGAUAACACUUCAUCAGACUAUUCUGAUUCAGAACAUAUGGAUAUCGACGUUGUUAAUCUUCCAAUUAAGAAGAUUGCUUCUAAAAAUAAAAAUAAAAAAAACAAUCAAGUGAAUAGCACUUCCGGAAGUCCAUCAUCCGAAUCCGAAUCAGAUUCGAGUUCGAGCGAUAGUAGUAGUGAUAAUGAAGAAACCGGUUCCGAGAAUGACAAUUCCGUUGGAAAAAGAGUAGUUCCUUUACAAAAUAUGAACACAUCGAUCGAUUCGGAUUCAGAUGGUGAUACUAGGAAAAAUUCAAGUGAAUCAUCUUCGGAUGAUGAAAGUUCAGGAAAUGAUAGUAGUGAAGAAAGUUCAUCUGAUGAUGAAGAGGAAUUGACUAAGAAAGAAAUAUUUUCGGUUGAACGAACAAUAUCAAAUGAUAUGUGUUCAUCUAAUGAAGUUUCAGAACAAAGUAGCGAUGGUGAGCACAGUUCUCCUUAUAUAUAA